AUGGCGAGGACCAAGCAGACGGCGCGCAAGUCGACGGGUGGCAAAGCUCCGCGCAAGCAGCUGGCAACCAAGGCUGCCCGUAAGAGCGCUCCGGCCACGGGUGGUGUGAAGAAGCCGCACCGGUACCGGCCGGGCACGGUGGCGCUGCGGGAGAUCCGGCGCUACCAGAAGUCGACUGAGCUGCUAAUUCGUAAGCUGCCCUUCCAGCGCUUGGUGCGGGAGAUCGCGCAGGACUUCAAGACCGACCUGCGCUUCCAGAGCUCGGCCGUGAUGGCUCUGCAGGAGGCGAGCGAGGCUUAUCUGGUGGGGCUGUUCGAGGACACCAACCUGUGUGCCAUCCACGCCAAGCGGGUCACCAUCAUGCCUAAGGACGUCCACCUGGCGCGGCGCAUCCGCGGCGAGCGCGCCUGAGUCUGGGGGCCGAGGCGUCCGGCGCCCCCCACACAACGGCUCUUUUCAGAGCCACCCACUCGCUGCAAAGGAGUCGCAACCGCGCCUCACUCUCGUCUAUUCAUUUCUAGAGUCCAUCCCAUCAAUAACAGGUCCGA